AUGAUUUUCCAGAGUUUUUAUCAACUUUCAAUCGAUAUAACAAUCAGUAGACCAACAAUAUAUUUCACAUUUCUUUGCCCAUAUUCCAAUCAAUAUUUAUCAUAUCCAAGAUUUGCUUCAAAAUUCGUAUUUUUAUCCCUAAAUUAUUCGAGACUUGUCAAAUGUGUUGUUCAAAUUAUUUUGAGCCUAAAUCGAAUGUCUUGUGUUAUUGCACCUGUUACUUAUACAAAGUUUUGGUUUUCAAAACUAAAAUAUAUAAUUAUUAUAAUAUUUCUUUUGCCAUGUCUUGCAGUUUGGAAUAUCGCUAUUUCAAGAGUUUAUAUGAUUUCAGUGUUUGGAGGAUUUGGUGCAUCUUAUGUUAGAAGAAUUUCAUGGGUGAGUUAUGACGUGGCGAUUUGAAAUGGGCACAAAAUUAAGAAAAAACAAAAAAGGAUUAAUUUUCUUAUUCGCAAUUUAUUAUUUUUUUAUAAAAGUUUCGAUCUUCAGUGAGAGUCAGCCAAAAAUCUUCUAGAAACCCAUAUUUUCCAGGCAAGUUUCGGAAAAUUCCACCUGGCAUUUCUAUGCACCGCCUUAAUUGUUACAAUUAUUUGCACGACAAUAACUCUUUAUUAUUUGGUAAUGUUACCAAAAAGAAUUCGAUCGAGUGAAAAAUCAUUGUGUAUUUGUACAGUUAUCAUUUCUGUCGGUUUUUUCACUUCCGCUAUUUUUCAUGUGAGAAUUUUCAUCGCAUUUUUUAUUUUAUCUAAUUUUUUAAAGGCAAUUUAUGGUUUUUGUUCUGAAUGUGCUGGUCAAAUUGUUUAUGCCACUCAUUUUUUUGCCUAUGAUUUUCUGAAUAUCGGAUCACCAAUUGUUAUGUUGUGUAUGAGUCCGCAACUUCGACGAAAUAUUCUUGGAGUUCAGAAAUCGUGGAAUUCGAAGGCUACUCAACUUCAGAAUCAUAAUUCUUUCAUGGAUCGACCAACUAAAACUCCAACGCCUGUUUCAUGA